GAGAAGCGUCGUAGCACAACCGAUGGAAAACGCAGCGGAAACGGCAAAUAGUUCGAAGUAGUGAAAAGUAGUGCAGUAGAAAAUUUGCAAAUUUCAUUGAAAGUUAAAUUAAAAAGUGUGAAAACGGUUAAAAACUCGAGGAAAAGUGCGAUAGUAAAUCGAGAAAAGAUGCAAAGUAUUAUCUAAUGGCCGAGUUCGUGAAAUAUUGUGGAUUAUAAGUGUGUACUGUAUGUGAAAGUGAGGAAUAUCUACUAGUGUUCUACUGUUGUAUUAACAAAAAAAAAGGUCAAAAGGAAGCAGUAGCAGCAACAUUAAAAACCAAAUAUAAAACGCUAAAAUGGGUUUGAACGGCUGCUGUUCGUGUGUAAAAUACUUGAUGGUGCUUAUAAACAUCCUAUUUUGGAUUAUUGGCCUAAUCAUUGUGGUAGCCUCGGUAUGGAUGCUCACCGAUCCCACAUUCGUGCUGUCUAUGACCCAAUCCUAUAAUCACUACUACAUAGCGCUCUAUGUCUUCCUUGGCAUUGGUGUGCUCAUCACGCUAGGCGCUUUCUUUGGCUGUUGUGGCGUUGUGAAAGAAUCACAAUGUCUCCUCGUAUCGUUCUUCUGCGUAAUUUUGGUGGUGAUGGUGGCCCAAAUUGCCGCCGGCGCAUGGGCAUUCCACAACAAAGACAAACUCGAUGACAUUGUACGCGCAUCGGUGAAGUAUUCGGUGCAGGAGGAGUAUGGCCAGUCGAGCAUGAGUUCGCGCACUGUCACAUUUGAUACCAUACAAAAGAAUUUGAAAUGUUGCGGCGCCGAUGGCCCGGCUGAUUGGGCAACCAGCCGUUUCAAUAAUGUCGAUCGCACAAAUAUCGUCGAUAUUGCCAUUUCAUCGAUGAAUGUCUUCUACAAUAUUCCGGAAUCGUGUUGCAAAGAUGAGCUGAAGGAGAAUGUGUGCGAAAUGUCGAGAAAAUUGAAAUUCGGUGGUUCACUGAAUCAGGCAAUAUAUCAACAGGGUUGUGUUGACAAAUUAAUUGAGCUCAUCUACGAGAAUUGGGUACUGCUGUUCGGCAUCACAGCGGGUGUAAUUCUAUUGGAACUGUUGGCGUUGACCUUCUCAUUGAGCCUUUGCUGUGCGGUGCGCAAUCAACACUACAAAGCCUGAGAAUUACUGAACUCCCAGCGGGAAAUAAAUGACGACGAAAAAUACUAACAAACCAAACCGAAGAGAAUUAGGCGGCGGACUAAGGUAUAUUAAUUCGUAAAAUAAAUGAAAAUAAUUGGCAAAACGGAGACAUGCGACAAGAUGUAGAACUGGAGAGCGCAGUUAAAGUGAAGUUGACGAAAACUAGUGAAAAUUAGACAAAAUGACAUAAAAUGAGAGAAAAGUGCUAAGCUAGAAGAAAAAGGAGGAGUGUAUGUAGAAUACUAUAAGAAAAUUGUGGCACGUAAGUGCAAAAAUUGGCAUGCGAGUAGUGCAAAAAGGCAACGGCAUUUGUAUUUAAACGUUUCGAGUAGAAAUUAGUAGAUGAAGUAAAGAAAAUGACAUUGUCUGCAGAAAAUGUUUUACGGAAAAACUUACUAGAAAUGUAUACUCGUAUGCUGGUAAAAUUUUUCAAAAAAAAAAAAAUAAAAUAAAAAUUUCUUUUGUAUUUUCUUAACUUUUUUAAAGCAGCAAAUUUUUAAGAGCAAAAAAACUCGUAUAUUUGCAUGUAAUGAAUAAAACUCAACACUCACUUUCAUAGAACAAUAAUCAAAAUGCAUAAGUACCAUACAGAAUAUAAAGAAAAAUUUCAAUAAAAUAAAAUAGUUGUACUGGAAAAUCUUCAAAUUCGAAAAAAAGCGAUUGCCCAAUUUGCACUACCUUGUACGAGUAUGGUUUGGAAAAAAUGAAUACGCACCCUAAUGAGUCACAAUUUUUAACUACACAUUAUGAUGCCAAAUUUACGUUUCGCCAAGCACAAAUUUAGUACUUACUUAGCAAAUAAGUUCAAACAUGGUUUUCUUCAAUGAAAACAAAAAAACACUUUAAAGUUCUACAAAAGGUCUUCCGCCGAGGAAAAUGCAUACAAUUAGUUUUUUUUUAUUAAAUGCCAAAAUGUAACUACAAUUUUCUAUAAGUUAAUGAUAGAGAAAAUGUUAUGAAUAUCUCUUAAAGCAAGAAGUACAGUGUGCGAUGAAAGUAUGGAAAUAUCUUUUUUUAUUUAGAAAAUUAAAAUUUGUGUACUGUAUUGAAUAAGCAUUCGAAUUGUUAUAGACGCAUUUAUUAAAAAUAUUAACAGUGUUAAAUUUUUUUUUUGUAAACUUUUGCCAAUGGGAACUUAACAAUUCAGUGCAAAGCAAGUUUUUUUGGGCAUAAAAUGUUUGAAAAAUUAUUGCCAACUAAAUAGGUAAUUUGUGGGUUUGAUUAUUAAUGUUUAUGUUUUCGUAACGUAUCGAUGUGCCAUUAAAAUGUUCCACAAAUUUUAAUUGGUUUUCGUUACUAUUUUCACCUUUUUUUACAUUUCUCACACACUGUACAUGUUCAGUUACUAAUUUUUUACUAUUUUUUUGCAUGUUUUUUUUCUACUUUGAGUAAUUUAUAUGAUUGGGGGUAUUGACAUUCCAUAAGCAAAGCAAUUGGAGAUGGGUAGCUGGAAUAAGAAUAAAAUUAUUUUUUAUUUAUUUUUUUAUUUCUAUGAUUUUGGUAUAAUUUUUCUUCAAAUUCAAACAGCCAAACAAUCGCUCGGUACUUAUAAAGACAAUCGCUGUAGCUCUAAAAUGUAAAAAAAUUAAAACAAAAUACUCCGCUCUUUUCCCGUUUAACAAUGUUUCUUACAU